AUGGGGCUCUCCAAGACGAACCGCAUUAUUAUCUUGUUGGUCAUUGACUCUGUGUUCUUCCUACUAGAAUUAAUCACAGGUUAUGCCGUCCACUCGCUUGCCCUUGUUGCCGAUUCCUUUCACAUGCUGAAUGAUGUUCUCUCUUUGUGCGUCGGAUUAUGGGCCGUGAAAGUCGCCAACAGCGAGACAAACUCGAAGACGUACACCUACGGGUGGCAGCGAGCCGAAACACUCGGUGCUUUGGUGAACGGUGUUUUCCUGGUUGCGUUGUGUAUGUCGAUCUUUCUUGAGGCCACUCAACGUCUAGUGGAGGUUCAAGAGGUACAAAACCCGAAGCUUGUUUGCGUUGUCGGUUGCUUUGGACUACUUUCGAAUAUCGUGGGUCUAGUUCUGUUUCACGAUGUCGGCCAUGGCCACUCUCACGGUCAUAGUCAUGAUCAUGGUCAUGAGCAUUCCCAUGACGAGGAGGACGUCGAAGCCGGUCACGAACAUGAUCACCAUGAUCAUGACCACUCAGUCGAGCAUACGCAUUCCCAUCCCCACAGCACUCCAGAUCUCACCCAUACUCACACAGAGCAUACUAUUCCUCAUCGCAAACGCCGCGUGACCGAAACCUCGAACCGUGGCUCCAGACGAUACAGCUCUUCGGCUGCGCGCGGACUUGCCAGCGUGGAGGAUAUAUAUGUGCACCCGGCGACCAUGCGACAGGACAUUAUUGCUGCUAGCCGUAGCUCAUUUGACGCUGAAAUGCCAUCUGACUCCGACAGCCAAGAGGUAGCCACUCCUACCGAGCGCUCAGGUCUACUUCAGCACCGGGACCGCGCUUCAAAUUACACCGAUGAGAACGCCGAUCCCAUCAAAAUCGCAAUUGUCGAGGAAGAUGUCCACAGGGAUCACAACCAUUCUCAGCCCAAGCCCAAAGGUAAGGGUAGUCACAGCCAUGAUCUGAACAUGCGUGGUGUCUUCCUCCACGUCAUGGGAGACGCACUUGGUAAUAUUGGUGUGAUUGCAUCUGCCCUCGUUAUUUGGUUGACCGAUUAUAAAUGGAGAUUCUACGUUGACCCUGGUAUUUCCCUGGUCAUUACCGUUAUAAUCCUCACCUCUGCUAUUCCACUGUGCAAGGCUGCCUCUCGUAUACUUCUACAAGCCGUGCCAGCAGGUUUGAGCAUUGACCAUAUCAAGGAAGAUAUCGAAGGACUUCCUGGUAUUCUUAGCUCGCACCAUCUCCACGUCUGGCAGUUGAGCGACACUAAGAUUGUUGCGUCAAUCCACAUUCAAGUUGACACCGACAUCAAAGGCGAAGGUUCCCAGAGAUACAUGCGCCUUGCUCAACAAGUCCGCAAAUGUCUUCACGCCUACGGAAUUCAUUCUGCAACCAUUCAACCUGAGUUUUCACAGACGGAAGAAAGCCACGCUCAUGUCCAGUCAUCCUCGUCUCAAACUGGUGCGGAUGAGCUGAGCUCCAGUCUCACAGGCAGCGUUCGUGACAGUGACCCUCAGGCCUGUCUCCUAGACUGCGAUGAUAGCUGUGCUAAAGAUAGCGGAUGUUGCUCCAAAAAGUCUCCCUGA